AUGUCGAAUAAAAUGAUUGUGUUGGGUGUAUUGUUCCUCGUUGGUGUCAGUUAUGGACAACAGCAACCAGUGGUAGAUAAUAUUACUACAUUUAUCACACCUGAAUAUAUUCUGCCGUGUAAGAAAGCAGAUCCAGAACUGAACACUUGUCUGAUAGGUACAUUCAACCACCUGCGGCCGUACCUGGUGAACGGUCUCACCGACCUGAACGUGCCGAGCAUUGAUCCGCUGCACAUCGAACGUAUGCUGAUUGAGAAUGGGCACGGAGCUUUCCGCGUGCGCGCCUUGUUCACCAACAUCACCGUUACAGGCGCGAGCAAUUACACAAUCGGCAGGAUUAAGGCUGAUGUAGAGAAUUACAACAUUGAACUCGGUAUCAAGUUACCUCGCAUCGAAAUUCGUGGAAAGUACGAAGUUAAUGGUAAUGUACUGCUGUUCCCAGUGCGGUCGAAGGGAAAUUUCUGGGCUGUUUUCCUUGAUGUGGAUGCUUUGACACGUAUCUAUGGUAAAGAAGUACAAAACAAAAACAAUGUUCGUUUUAUGAAGAUCGAACGCAUGUUGUCGGACUUUAAGCUCGGAAAAUCACGAUUCCGCGUGCGUGAUGUUGUGAACAGCGGUAAUAUCAUCGGCGAAGCAAUCAAUCAGUUCCUCAACAAUAAUUCCGACGAAAUCAUCCGAGAAAUGAAACCAGCGGCAGCUAAAGCCAUCUCACAACACUUCAAGGCAUUCCUCAACAGUGCCUUUUUACAGAUUCCGCUUAAAAUCUGGCUGCCAGAUGCUUAAACACAUUUUAUCACUUUAAUUUUA